CCUUUUUGAUAUUUGCAUUGUGCAGGGAAAUACUUUGUAGCAGAGCAAAGCUACCAGAUUACAGAAACCUUUGAUUAUUCAAAACUAUACUUUAAAGAUUAUGUAAAGAAAAGACAAGAUACUAAUCUGUAGCUCAAAUAGGUCAUUCUGUGCUUCGUACUAAUUUGCAAUGCAAAACUGCAGUGCGAGGCUCUUUGUUGGUAAGGACUGGGUCCUCCUCCUUCCUUAAAUUAUUAACCCCACCCCAAAAAAGGUCUUUCAGAGCGGCUGUCAACCUGCUAGAGAGGAGACGCACUGCCUCCGAGACCAUGGGGUCCUCUGUCUACUCUAUGGACAGCGCGGAUGUGCAGAUCCUGAUGGAGAUGAGCGGCUACGGCGACGCUGAAAACACCACCAAUGACUUAGACAACUAUUUGUGCCCUGAGUCAAGCUCGUCACAGACUAACGAAGCUGCAAACAUGUUCAGAAAGAUCUUCAUGCCCCUCAUUUACCUGCUGAUGUUCCUCCUGGGGACCAUGGGCAACGCCCUGGUCCUGGCCAUCCUGGAGCGCUGCAAGCGUUCCCGCACCACCACAGAGAGCUUCCUCUUCCACCUGGCCCUGGCGAACAUGGUGCUGGUGCUCACCUUCCCCUUCAGCGUGAUUGAGAACUUGGCUGGCUGGAUCUUCGGGACAUUUCUCUGCAAAGUUCUCAGCGCUGUGCACAAGAUCAACUUCUACUGCAGCAGCAUCCUGCUGGGCUGCAUCGGGGUGGACCGCUACCUAGCCAUCGUGUACGCCAUCCACACCUACCGGAGGCGCAGGGCCAGGGCCAUCCACAUCACCUGCACAGCCAUCUGGGUCUUCUCGCUGGUGCUGACCUUGCCCGACCUCAUUUUCAUGGAGGUCUGGAAAGACCCCAACAACCGCAGCAUCUGCUACUUCCCACAGAUGGGGAUUCACGGCAACGACAUGUGGCUGGCCACCCGCUUUCUGUACCACAUCGUGGGUUUCUUCAUGCCCUUGCUAGUCAUGUGUUACUGCUACGCAGCCAUUGUCAGGACCCUGUGCCAGUCGCAGCGGCUGCAGAGGCAGAAGGCCGUGCGAAUUGCCAUCCUGGUCACAGGCGUGUUCCUGCUCUGCUGGAGCCCGUACCACAUCGUCAUCUUCCUGGACACGCUGACCAAGCUGGGCGUGCUCUCAAAGGACUGCCUGGUGGAGGAGCAGCUGAGCACCAGCAUCCUGGUGACAGAGGCCAUCGGCUUCACACAGUGCUGCCUCAACCCCAUCCUGUACGCCUUUGUGGGAGUCAAGUUUCGCAACGACUUCUUCCGGAUCCUGCAGGAGCUGGGCUGCAUCAGCCACGAGACCCUGCAGGAGAUCCUGGACGUGACAAGGAAGGGCAGCGGGGUUGAGUCCGACAACACCACGUCCAUCUCCACCUUCUGAUGAGGAUGUGGGCGCG